CCUUUUGGUUGGCAUCCGAAAGGGGAGCGCCAUGCGCGGCUCCAAAAGAAGACCGAGCAUCAAGCCAACGGGCGGCGGUUCUCCGUGUGUGAAGAAGCCCCACUACAACGCCCCCAUCCCACACAAGAGGGAAGAGUUCGCCCCGCACAGUAAACUACCGAAAGAUGUCAACGAUCAGACGAGUCAGUUCGUACCGGAGAUGUCUCUGCGGCGCGAGCAGCCGCCGUGGCUGCAGGAGCCGCCGGUGUUCACACCGUUCGCCCGGUACGGAUCGGACCGCAGUCAGCCGCCGGCCACCGAGCCGCUGUUCCGUCUACCGGCCACCGGACCGGGCCGGCGCCGUGGCGCCGUGCCGCCGCACAUCGCCGAACGAUGCGUCAUCAAACGAAACAAGUUCACGCGACCGGCCAAGAAGGUGGCCACCCAGUCGUACCUGCAGUGCCGGGUGGACCGGGAACAGUUCCGCCGCCGACUGGUGGAGCUGCUCACCUCCAAUGAUGACGACACACUGACCAGCGGGCCGGCCUCCCGCACCGGGUCCGUCACAGAGCUGCCCGUGCCCCUGUCGGAGUCUAGCAGCGCCGACCCGUCUGCCCAGGAGCGGGCGCUGCUGCGCUACUACUACUACAUCCACAACGGCAUCGAGACGGGCCAGGUGGCUCCCAUGGCCGACCAGUGGCUGCAGCACAUGGACUCGAUGCUGGCCGCCAAACUCCGGAGCCGGGCUGAGCCGCUGGAGAAGCUGCACAUUGAGCUGACGGAGGAGUAUCUGUUUGGUGUGAAGAAGGCGGUGGUCGACUACAUUCUAACGGAGAGGCCGGGACAGGACUACGCCGAGCCGCCACCGACUCUGCCCCACCGUCUGGAGCUGCGGGUCACCCCGUCACCGUGGAGACACAGCUUCCUGCACCACCGGCGACUCAUCUUCUUCAACCUGUGGUCCAUCAACACGUGUCUGCUGCAGAUCCUCGACCUCUGGUACAAACAGUUCAGUGAGCUGCGGCUGCUGGACUCGAGUGAGCUGUACUCUGCCGAGCCAGCGCUGGAGCUCUCAGAGUUCAACCACCUGCUGGAGGAGCACAUUGCGCGGACCAUGGAGGCACUGGAGCACGACUGGUUUCCGGCCGUCCAUCACAUCCUUAUGCAGGGCGCCAAGCGAAACAUGAUGCCCUCGCUCAGCCAGCCGGACAAGCUAGAGACGUUCUUCAACGCGGUGGCCACGCUGAUGUCGAUGAACGUGCAGAACCUGCUGCUGCACACCAUCUGGGAGUACACGGACAUGCUGUGCAGCAGCAAGAGCCGCGGGUUUGUGCUGCACCUGGUCCGCUCGGGCGGCGAGCUGCACUUCCAGCCAACCGUGGACGAGUUCGAGGAGCAGCUGCUGGCCGUGUUUGAACGCAUCAUCGCCGCCGUGCAGAAGCUGAAACGGGCAGAGACGCGCGUGUUCCUCGACUGGCCUGGACGGGCCCAGUACCUGAAGCCGGUGGUUCUCCCUGAGAUAGUGGAGAGUCUGAAGCAGCGGGUCCGAGCCGUGGUGGCCGAACAGUCGGUCGGACCCAAGGAGCACGCCCUCUGGUACGAGCGGUACGAGUACCUGAUCAGCGGCCAGGCCAACGCUGACGUGGAGGAGUUCCUGUCGGGUCAGCACCCAUUCGAGGAGUACCAGGAGCAGGUGGUGCUCUACCACGAGCUCAGCUAUGAGAUCAACUGCGAGUCCGCCAAGGUGAUCCGUCUGGGCAUGUUUGAACUCCGCUGCGACACACUCACUGAGGAUCUGGUAUCGCUAGCCACUGGCCUGCGCGACAAGAUACUGCACAACAUGCUGGCUAACCACAACGCCACUAACAAAACACUGUCUGAAGAGUACGAGCAGAUAACAGACAAGUCCCUGACGGUGCCGUCCAACACUGCCCAGCUGAUGGAACUCAAGGAGUACGUGGACCAGACGGAGUCGGUGCGCAUCCCGCAGAUGGAGGAUCAGCUCAGAACGAUAUUCUCGCACCUGUUGUUCCUGUCGGACUACGCCGAGUUCUCAUCGGCCGACCUGCGUCACAACACAGAGACGUUCCUGUGGCACCAGCGCAUACCAGCCGUGUUCGACGAAGGACGCUCCAUCUACCGACAGAAGAGGGUCGAGUUCGAGGAGGCACUCAAGGUACGGCGUGAGCGUUUUCUGGAGGAGCUGGAGACAUACAACAAGCAGGUGGAGGAGCUGGAAGAGCUGGGAGAGCUGCCCGAACUGCCGCGGUACCUGAAGCGCGCUCAGGGCCUGGAGGAGAAGCUACAGCAGGCGCUGGACAAGACGACGGCCAUCAAUGACGAGGAGGAGGCGUUCGAGUGGGAGGUCACCAACUACCCGCGUAGGAAGGAGGUGGCCGACAAGCUGAAUCCCUACCUCCGCCUGUACACCAACGGGGUCGAGUUCAGCGUGAAGUACGACUCCUGGAUGAGCGCGCCGUUGGGAGCGUACGAGCCGGAGGACAUUGACCAGGAGACGGACGGAUACUUCCGCAGCAUCUACAAGCUGGAGAAGUCUUUCAGCAACGAGGGACCGGCACGCGACCUGCUCUUGGAGGUGAAAUCGGCUAUCGACGGAUUCCGCGCCCACGUGCCUGAGGUACAGACUCUGGGAAACCCGGGCCUGCGCGACCGCCACUGGGAGAAAAUCUCCGAGAUUGUCGGAUUCCCGAUCAAGGCUGAUUCGGAGACCACACUGGCAAAGAUCAUAGACCUCAAUCUCACCGACUACAUCAGCAAGUUUGAGAGCAUCAGCGAGUCAGCUACCAAGGAGUACAAUCUCGAAAGAGCCAUGGACAAGAUGAGGGCCGAAUGGAAGGACAUGGAGUUCAACAUUGUCCCCUACAGGGAGUCUGGGACGUCGAUCCUGUCGUCGCUGGACGAGAUCCAGCUGAUGCUGGACGACCACCUGGUGAAAACGCAGACGAUGCGUGGCUCGCCCUUCAUCAAACCGUUCGAGGAACAGAUCUGCGAGUGGGAGAAGACGCUCACUAAUCUGCAGGAGAUCCUGGACGAGUGGCUCAAGGUGCAGAUCACCUGGCUGUACCUGGAGCCCAUCUUCUCCAGCCCCGACAUCAUGUCCCAGAUGCCCGAGGAAGGACGACGCUUCACCACCGUCGAUAAGAACUGGCGCGAUAUCAUGAAGGCCGCCCUGGUGGACACGCAUGUUCUUGCCGUCAUCGACGUGGAAAAGAUGUUGGAAAGGCUGAAGAAAUCCAACGAGCUGCUGGAGCUGAUCCUCAAGGGCCUGAACGACUACCUGGAGAAGAAGCGGCUGUACUUCCCCCGGUUCUUCUUCCUGUCCAACGACGAGCUGCUGGAGAUCCUGUCCGAGACCAAGGACCCCACUCGGGUGCAGCCGCACCUGAAGAAGUGUUUCGAGGGUAUCGCCUCCCUGACGUUCACCGAGACGCUGGACGUGACACACAUGAAGUCGAGCGAGGGCGAGGUCAUCAAACUGCUCGAGGAGAUAUCGACAGCCCGCGCCCGCGGCCAAGUGGAAAAGUGGCUGCUCGAGCUCGAGUCGUUGAUGAAGAGCAGUCUGCAGCACGAGGUGGAGCUGGGCAUGGACUCGUACGCCGGGGACGUCAGGGAGCACUGGGUGCUCUCCUGGCCCGGGCAGAUUGUGCUCUGCGUGUCACAGACAUACUGGACCGCCGACGUGCACAAGUCCAUCAGAUCUGGGAAGAAGGCGAUGGACGCCUACCUGAAGCAGAACAAUGACCAGAUUUCCAAGAUCGUGGAGCUAGUGCGGGGAAAACUGUCCCGACAGAACCGAACCACGCUCGGCGCUCUGGUGGUGCUGGACGUCCACGCCAAGGACGUGUUGGCCUCACUGAUCAACAGCAAGGUGGAGUCGGAGAACGACUUCGCCUGGCUGGCGCAGACACGCUACUACUGGGAGGAGAAGCGGCUGGCGACACGUAUGAUCAACUCGACCCUGAUGUACGGCUAUGAGUACCUGGGCAACACGCCGCGCCUGGUGAUCACCCCACUGACGGACAGAUGCUACCGGACACUGUUUGGCGCGCUGCACCUUCAUCUGGGCGGUGCGCCCGAGGGUCCGGCUGGUACCGGUAAGACGGAAACCACCAAGGACCUGGCCAAGGCCGUCGCCAAGCAGUGCGUCGUCUUCAACUGCUCCGACGGACUCGACUACAUCGCGCUCGGAAAGUUCUUCAAGGGUCUGGCGUCGUGCGGCGCCUGGUCGUGUUUCGAUGAGUUCAACCGGAUCGACCUGGAGGUGCUGUCGGUGGUGGCCCAGCAGAUCCUCACCAUCUCACGGGCUAUCAGCGCCGGCGCCGACAUGCUGCUGUUCGAGGGCUCUGAGCUGCACCUGGACCCCACCUGCGCCGUGUUCAUCACAAUGAACCCCGGAUACGCCGGCAGGUCGGAGCUGCCCGAUAACCUGAAGGCGCUGUUCCGCUCCGUGGCCAUGAUGGUGCCGGACUACGCCAUGAUUGCCGAGAUCGUGCUAUACUCGUGCGGGUUCGUUAACGCCCGGCCGCUGGCCACCAAGAUUGUGGCUACUUACCGGCUGUGCUCGGAGCAGCUCUCGUCACAGCCCCACUACGAUUACGGUAUGCGAGCGGUCAAAUCUGUGCUGACGGCGGCCGGUAACCUGAAGCUCAAGUUCCCCGAGGAAUCUGAGGACAUCUUGAUCUUGCGCUCUAUCACCGACGUCAACCUGCCCAAGUUCCUGACGCAGGAUCUGGGCCUGUUUGCGGGUAUCACGUCUGACCUGUUCCCCGGUAUCAAACUACCGGAGACCGACUACACGACGUUCAACGCCGCCGUCCGAGAGAGCUGUGAGGAGGCCAACCUCCAGUGCACCGACUACUUCCUCGAGAAAAUACAACAGAUAUACGAAAUGAUGAUCGUGCGCCAUGGAUUCAUGAUCACGGGUAUGCCGUUCGGCGGCAAGACGUGCGCCUACCGGAUGCUGGCCGAGGCGCUCGCUAAGCUGCAUGAACGGGAGGAGAUGGACGAGAACUCUGUCCAGAUCACCGUCAUCAACCCCAAGUCAAUCACCAUGGGUCAGCUGUACGGGCAGUUUGAUCCGGCCUCGCACGAGUGGACCGACGGCGUUCUGGCCGUCAGCUACCGGGCCUUCGCGGUGGAUCCCAGUCCCGACAGAAAGUGGCUCAUGUUCGACGGACCCGUGGAUGCCAUAUGGAUCGAGAACAUGAACACCGUGCUCGACGACAACAAGAAGCUGUGUCUGAUGUCGGGAGAGAUUAUCCAGCUGUCGCCGACCACAAACCUCAUAUUUGAGCCCAUGGAUCUGGAGGCGGCGUCACCGGCCACGGUGUCCCGUUGCGGUAUGAUCUACUUGGAGCCCAACACGCUCGGCUGGCGGCCCCACCUGACCUCGUGGAUGGCCACCCUGCCUCCCACGCUGAACGAACAGCACCGCACCAUCAUCGAGGAUAUGUUCGAGUACUUUGUGCCGCCGCUGCUAAACUUUGUCCGACGUGCCGGCAUCAAGGUGGGAAGACUGUCUUCACCGAACGCAUGUGACUGGUGGGAGUGA